GGAGUCGGACGAUGGGCUGCACCGGUCAGAGAGCUUCAUAUCAGUUGUGUAAAACUGUAUCUUAGUCCCGUUGUCAGCUCCAGAAGCUCCGAGUUCCGGUCAGACAUGAAGAGAGUUGUUCUUGUUACCGGCGCCAACAGCGGCAUCGGCCUGGCACUGUGUGAGAGGCUGCUGACUGAGGACAGCCAGCUUCACCUGUGUCUGGCCUGCAGGAACAUGCAGAGGGCCGAGGCUGCCCGCUCUGCCCUCCUGACCUCUCACACCGACGCCCAGGUGGACUUACUGCACCUUGAUGUGGGCUCUGUGCAGUCAGUGCUCACCGCUGCUAAGGAGAUCAAGGACAGGUACAACAGAAUCGACUUUCUGUAUCUAAAUGCAGGAAUCAUGCCCAAUCCACAGGUGGAUGUCAAAGCUUUUUUCAAGGGUCUGUUCUCCAGGAAUGUCAUCAACAUGUUUGCGACAGCAGAGGGUCUCUUGACUCAACAGGACCGCCUCAACUCAGACGGUCUGCAGGAAGUUUUUGCCACCAACCUCUUCGGCCAUUUCCUCCUGAUCAGGGAGCUGGAGCCUCUGCUGUGUUCGGCAUACCACACUUCCAGGAUAGUGUGGACCUCCUCGAGUAACGCCCGCCGCUCCGCCUUCAGCAUCGAGGACAUGCAGCACAGAAAUGGGACGGAGCCCUACAGCUCCUCCAAGUACGCAUCAGACAUGCUGAGCGUGGCACUCAACAGACAUAAGAACAGCCAGGGGCUGUUCUCCUCUGUAAUAUGUCCUGGACUGGUGAUGACUAAUCUGACCUAUGGUAUCCUCCCCUCCUUCUUCUGGACCCUCAUCAUGCCCAUCAUGUGGCUGAUAAGGAUCUUCACCAACACGUUCACACUCACACCGUACAACGGAGCAGAGGCGCUGCACUGGUUGUUUCUUCAAAAGCCUGAGUCUCUGGAUCUGAGAGCAAAAUAUCACAGUUUAACAUCAGGACUUGGAACAAAUUACACUCAGCCUCGACAGAUGGACAUCGAUGAAGGAAUGUCUGAAGUCUUCUAUUCAAAACUUCUUGAACUUGAGAAGGCAGUCAGGAGGAAACUGAGUGAGGAAAAUGCUAAAAAGGAAGCUCAUAAAAAGUACCUCAACGACAUAGAGUAGAAGUCUGUCUUUUGUAAGGGACGCUUUUGCUCUUGGGAAAUGGACCAUGUGCAGUUUGUGAUGAUGAGCAAUAAAAGUGCUCUUAUCUUUUUCAUUUAUGCCAAAUGUACCAUUACACCAUGUGUCUUUAUUGUCUUUUCUACAUAAGCACUCUGACUUAAUGUACUUUGUAGUAUCUUAAUAUUAUAGAUAUAUAUUUUAUCUCUUGAAGGGUGGAUCAUUCACAAACCUGCCCUAAAAUGUAGUAAGACAAAAACACUUGUGUCUCAUGAGUUGACCCUGCUGAAUUUUUAUACUGAGUCCCAAUGAGAUCAGUAACCAGCAGGAGUCUCAUCCUUUGCUGCUUCCUUGUAACGUAGACGCCACCGCCUGCUGCAUCUUCACCUGAUAUCUGUAUCAGGUUUCCUCUACAACAGGCUUCUUACCUCACAAACUUUAAUUAGCUGUUCGUGUAUAGUCUUGUUUCCUGAAGCCAUUGAAUGCCACCCGCUGUCUUUUACCACAAAUCAUAAAUUAUGAUGCACAGUUAGCUGAAAGAAUUGGUGUGUUAACUGCAGAGGUCUGUAACAGAUCAAACAAAGUGUAUGAAUAAAUCAGAUGUUUGACAAAGCACAA